AUGGCUGAGCUUCAAGGGGUGCUUAACCCACACAGAGCUGCAUACUACUACUUGGAAGUUGUAGGAAAGUACCCAAAGGUCCUAGUAAAAAGGAAGGAUUAUAGCAAAUUGCUAUCAAAGGAGUCAGCCGAAUACUACAAGAAAAACGUGAAGUGCCAGGACACACAUCACCUAUGUGCACUUACAAAGGGCCAGUCUAUGAACCUAAGGUGGCACCGAGAACGACGAGUGCGUAUAACGUAUUCUAUGGCGCACACAAUACUGAGAACGAGAAAGGCCCCUGCUGACUUGGUAAACACACUACUGAGAACGACAAGCUUUUCAUCGGAAGCCACAACAUAUGUUACGCCUUCAAAAAUUUGUUUAUGGUUUCACUUAAAAGUUAUUUCUCUUUCAGGCAUAAAGAUGGAAGCACUUGCCCGGAAGGAGUUUCAAGAUAAAGUUUCUGUACAGGUUAUAGAAACUGGAUUGGUGCUGCACUCUCUCCAGCCGUGGCUUGCUGGCAGCCCAGAUUGCCUCUUCCUAUCCAACCAGAAGCCAUGUAUUCCUUAG